AUGGAUGGUUCGUUUAAAAAGGGUGAAUACUCUUUACCACAGUCUGCUGGUGGGAAUUGCUUAAAAAGACAUUUUAAUUAUUCUUGCAAUCUACCAAAUGCAGAACAAGCAAAAAAGGUCCUCAAGGAGGCAAAUUAUACUGUCUUUAGCGAUACAAUUUUUGGCGGUCUUCACCUCAUUUUUCAUAAAUGUAUUGGUGCCAGUCAAUACUUCAAAACGGCUCCAUACAACCUAGAAUUUUGGCUUCACCACAGCUUUCUCGACAAACUUUGGGUGGAAUGGGAAAAAAACAACAAAGGUAGUAAAAGAGGUUUAUCACGUAUUAGGUAUCUUAUGUAUGGCACUAUACAUUAUCCUUUGGAAUAUCUUGAUGAGAAACACUUACCUGGUGACGUAAAAGUGCUGUAUGAGGAGUGA